AUGACUGAACUGUACAGACUUCGUGGAAUCGUACAUGAUAUGCCACAUAUCAGCCCACAAGAGUAUGAAUACAGAGCUACGGGCUGGACGUCACAUCCUUCCAAACAUCUCCAAGCACAUCAAAUUUCGUUGGAAGACGGUGGGUCUCAGAAUGUAGUACUCGGGAUCUAUACAGAUGGAUCAAAAUCCUCAGCAGGAGUUGGGGCUGCAUUUUGUGUCAUGCAGGAUGCAACUUUUUCAGAGAAUACCUUUAACAGCGCACAACUAUGGACAUCUUAUGAUCGUCCAUAUUUGGAUGCCAUUUCAGAUACUCGGGUAAUUGGCGUUCAAACGGAAGAAAAUGCAUCUUUAAUGGUUUCUUCAGAAAAUGCUGAGUCUUGUUUCAGACAUGAAAAUGAUUUUCCCGCAGCUUAUAACCUUUCAUCAGCUGUCAUAGAAUCAACUGGUGUUUACGAGGAAAGGCAAAGAAUAUCAGGUGUAUCCGAUCUGAUAUAUGCGACAGGUAGUGAAAAAGAUGAGAUGUCAUGUCAAGAGAACAAAUGGCUGUCUCUGAAUACCGAUAACAAAUAUUUUAUGGAUUCUUUAGAAUGUGCUAUUAGAAGAGGGCAUUCAGAUAGUAGCAAUAUCUCUGAACCAAGAAAACUGAUUGUGAAUCCUGAUUUCCUACCAGAAAGAAAUGAACCAGAAAAUGGCAAGAUACCUGUCUCGGAGUAUGUAACUGAUGAACAUACUUCACUUGAAAUACACUCAAAUGUUUACAGUAAGAGCGAGAAUAUAACCGUCAACUUGAAGGAACAUAUUUCUUCUAUAACAGAUAACAAUACUGUGGCUGGACCUUCAGGGAUGUGCCCUCGGAAGAAGAAAUUUCCUUGCACAUUAUGUCCAAAGGAAUUCAAUGAAAAAUGUAAUCUCUACGUUCAUUAUCGAACACAUACAGGCCAAAAGCCUUUUGUAUGUGAAUUAUGCAGAAGAACAUUUACUCAGAAAGGAAAUCGCGAUAGACAUUUUCGAACUCACACCGGUGAUAGGCCUUUUGUGUGUGAUUUCUGUAAAAGACCUUUUGCUUCUAAAGAUAGUCUGACAAGACAUGUUAGGACUCACACAGGAGUAAGACCUUAUAAGUGUCCAGUUUGUGGAAAGACAUUCUCUUAUAGAAGUAGUUUCAAUAGGCAUGUCAAGAGAAAGCAUAAAUGA